AUUAAUGAGACUUCCAUCUAAACGUUGUUAUCAUAUACAUAUCCUUUUAAUUAAGUAUAAUACAUAACACAAUUAAAAUUGAAGUGGCUCCAUAUUUGAAACUUGGGUUUAUUGGGCAUUUCGUGGACCGUGGGCGACUGAUGUGAAGGAAAGAAACCAAAGAGCCUUUUUGAACAACCUCCUCUGCGCCGCCGCCAGGUUAUUUUGAAACUGAAUAGUAGCGGUUGCUGUUGGAAUCAAUGGCGGAAGACGCUAUCUUAGGAUAUUUGGAGAAGAAUGAGGGAAUUCUGGAUUCUGGAUGUUUUGCCGUGGAAUUUGGAAUCGAUCAUGACGAAAUAAUCAAUGUUACCAAAAGUCUCAAUGGAUAUGGACUUGUUAUUGCUCAGGAUAUUAAGAGGGAAAAAUGGGUUCUCACUGAUGAAGGAAAACUUUAUGCUACUGCAGGGUCUCCUGAAGUUCAAUUAUAUUCUGUUAUACCAGCUGAGGGUAUCUCGCCAGAUGAACUUCAAAAAAGGGUGGAUCCGACUAUCUUCAAGGUUGGCUUUGCUCAGGCUAUGAAAAAUAAGUGGGUGGAAAGAGUAAAGCAAUUGAUUUCCAGAAAGGUUCAACAUGUUGAUGACAAGGUCAAGGAGUGUCUUGUACAUAUACAAGCUGGGGAGGUUGUUGGGCGUGAGGAGAUUGACGCUCUUAAACGAAGAAAACUUAUAUUAUCUCAGACAUGGAAAGGGUAUUCAAUUAGGAAGGGUCCAAACUAUGUUCCAAAAAGAAAGAAAGCAGCAACUGAUCUGACUCGUGAACACUUGCAAAGCGGUGCAUGGAAAAAAUUGGAACUCAAAGAAUACAACUUCAAUGCUAAAGGUCUGCCGCCUGAAGGUGGUCAUUUGCAUCCCUUACUCAAGGUUCGGCAGCAAUUAAAAAAUAUUUUCCUUCAGAUGGGUUUUGAGGAAAUGCCGACAAACAAUUUUGUUGAAAGCAGUUUUUGGAACUUUGACGCCCUCUUCCAGCCACAACAACACCCAGCUCGUGAUUCACACGACACUUUCUUUUUGCAAGCUCCUUCUACCACGAAUUGGCUGCCUGAAGAUUAUGUGGAGAGGGUAAAGUGUGUUCACGAGUCUGGUGGUUAUGGAUCCAGAGGGUAUGGAUAUGACUGGAAACGGGAGGAAGCAAACAAAAAUCUUUUGCGUACACAUACAACUGCUGUUUCUUCAAGAAUGCUAUAUAAACUUGCACAGAAACCAUUCACUCCCAAGAAAUACUUUUCAAUAGAUCGUGUUUUCAGAAAUGAAGCAGUUGACAGGACACAUUUGGCUGAAUUCCAUCAGAUAGAAGGCCUUAUAUGUGAUCGAGGCCUCACCCUAGGUGAUCUUAUUGGCGUGCUGUAUGAUUUUUUCUCACGCUUAGGGAUGACAAAACUUCGUUUUAAGCCUGCUUACAAUCCUUACACUGAACCUAGUAUGGAAAUAUUUAGUUACCAUGAAGGCUUCGGAAAGUGGGUGGAGAUUGGGAAUUCUGGCAUGUUCAGACCUGAAAUGUUGCUUCCCAUGGGGCUUCCAGAUGAUGUCUGUGUAGUUGCAUGGGGUUUGUCCCUCGAGAGGCCUACAAUGAUCUUAUAUGGAAUCGAUAACAUAAGGGAUCUCUUUGGGCAUAAGGUUGAUCUGGGUCUGAUGAAGAAGAAUCCCAUCUGUAGACUUGGGCUUCAAUAGAUCUUAUUUUUUCGACCCCAAAUACAAAUUCUAAAAAUUUCAUUUGGAGGUCGGUUUAGUCAAUACUUUCAGUCGUCCAAUUCAUGAAUUAGAUAGCCCUCGGGUAACUAUAACUCUAAUCUAACUUUGACCUUGAGAUUUUGUAUGGUUGUUUUGGAUAUCCAAUGUCUUUAUCGAGCAAUGCACAAUAUUGUCAGUAUGGAGAGAUAUAUAAUUUUUUAAAACAAAUACUGCAAAUAUAUAUUAUUAUUAUUAGGGAAAUUCGCAAAGAAAUCCCUUUUAAAACCCCUUUUUUGUAAAGAAAUACCUUUUAUAAUUUUUUUUUUGUAAAAAAAACACCUUUUAAGAGACUUUUUUUUAAAAUAGACACCUUAAUUCAAUUUCCGGUGGCUUUUGUGUAAUUUCCGGCGUUGACUAUGCCUGUUGA